GGUUAGCGUGAGCCUGCGGGUAGGGAGAAGGCUUCUGCCACCUGCCUGCCUGGCAUUCUCCAGAGGGACCCUCGGUCCAGCCCUCCAGGCAUGGACUCUUCUGAGGAGUGUACCGGGUGCCCUGCCCGAGGGAAAUGUCCCGUGUACCUGGCAAUGAGCUCAGGGACUGUUCGCUAUGCUGCACUUGAGGGGAACUUGAGAGAGGAGCCUUGGGACACAGACAGCCAGCCCCAUCCUGACGAGGGCCACCCACCACCCCUUGAGGCUGUCCCGGUCCCCUGGAAGAGCACAGUCUCCUGCAAAAGCCACAGGGAGUCCUCUGUAGCGAAGGAGGCCCAAGGUGAGGAGGGCCCUGCAGCCACCCAGCUGGAUGUGUCACGCCUGCGCAGCUCGUCCAUGGAGAUCCGUGAGAAGGGCUCUGAGUUCCUGAAAGAGGAGCUGCACAAAGCCCAGAAGGAGCUAAAGCUGAAGGAUGAAGAAUGUGAGCGACUAUCCAAAGUUCGGGAACAGCUGGAACGGGAACUAGAGGAGCUGACAGCCAGCCUAUUCGAGGAAGCCCACAAGAUGGUUCGAGAAGCCAAUAUGAAGCAGGCGGCAUCAGAAAAGCAGCUGAAGGAGGCAAGGGGCAAGAUUGACAUGCUGCAGGCAGAAGUGACAGCCUUGAAGACACUGGUCAUCACGUCCACACCAGCCUCUCCCAACCGUGAGCUCCACCCGCAGCUUCUGAGCCCCGCCAAGGCCGGUCCCCGCAAGGGCCACUUGCGUCACAAGAGCACCAGCAGCUCCCUCUGCCCUGCCGUGUGCCCUGCUGCAGGCCACAUUCUUGCCCCGGACAAGGAGGGAAAAGAGCCCGGGCUGCCCCCGCUCCUCUCCCUGCUCCUCUGCGUGGUCCCCAGCAAGGCGGUUCACCUCACCUACGAGCCAGCCUGGCAGCUCCCACCUGGGGAGCUGCCCACAGCCCCCACCUUCGCUACCUCUCUCUCCUUUUCCCGACAGGUGGACACAACCCUGUUUGCAGAGUUCCAGGCCUGGAGAGAAUCGCCCACCCUGGACAAGACCAGCCCCUUCCUGGAGAGGGUGUACCGGGAGGACGUGGGCCCCUGCCUGGACUUCACCAUGCAGGAGCUCUCGGCACUGGUACGGGCUGCCGUGGAGGACAACACACUCACCAUUGAGCCUGUGGCUUCCCAAACACUGCCCACCGUGAAGGUGGCUGCAGUCAAGUAUGGCAGCACCAAUGGGUUCCGGGCCCCGAUUGACACCACAUGUGCCCUGAGCGGCCUUUCCCGCACCUGUCGCCACCGAAUCCGGCUCGGGGACUCUGAGAGUCACUACUACAUCUCGCCGUCCUCCCGGGCCAGGAUCACAGCCGUGUGCAACUUCUUUACCUACAUCCGCUACAUCCAGCAAGGCCUGGUGCGGCAGGACGAGCCGAUGUUCUGGGAGAUCACGAGGCUGCGGAAGGAGAUGUCACUGGCCAAGCUGGGCUUCUUCCCCCAGGAGGCCUAGCGCCUGGCCCAGGCUUGGAGGGGGGCCCAGAGCUGGAACCAACAGCUGCCCCAGGACGGACAGACAGACAGGAAGACAGGAUCCUGGAGCCACCCCUGAACCGGAAGCGGAACAGACAGACAAAUGGCCAGGCCAUGGAGGCAGCACUGAGCCGGUACCAAAUGUCCACCGCAGGAGAGACUGGACAUCAUGAGGUGACUCUUCUCUCUUUCCCAGUGGUUCUAUAGCCACCAGGAGACUCUCCAGAAAGUACCAAAGACCAACGAGCCUGGACCCAUACUCAGGGGCUCAGCCCUUGUGAGGGAACACCUGGGCAGCUAGCACCGCUCACCCCCAGUCCUAGGAGCUGCUGCUUACAGGGACCUUGUUGCUGCCAUAUCCUCAGAAAGGGACCAUGCUGGGUGACCUGAUCGCCAGGGUGUCCCCCCACCCCAGUUCCCAAGCCCUGGGCCACCAGCACCCCCUUGUGGUCAUCCCUCACCCCAUUCUCAGGUGGCCAUCCUGUUGGACUGCCCCCCUGGGCCUGCCAUGGAGGGGCUGGCAGGGACUUCCAUGCCAAGUAGUAUCUGCUUGUGAACUGCCCCCCAGGGGUUCUUAAGAUGGAUCAAGUCCCCUCCUCCUACCCUCUCAUUUGACCUUCCCCAUCCCCUCCUGGGCUUCAGGAGGCCCUGCCCCCACCACCACUCGAAGGACCAGGGAGGGCCCUUUUCUCCCAAAGUAAAACACAGACAGGGCCUCAGGACGUCACGCCUGUUUUCAGCUGCGGGGGGCCAUUCAGACAAUGAGGGCUGAGGUGGCCAAGACCUGCACGCAGGACUGGAGUGGGGGGGCAGGACCUGGGCCCCUCCUCCCCCCUCACAGCCCACGCGGUACUGGAGUACAACCUGGACACAUCCCUCACCACGUCCGAUUUCCUCCUCUGAAAGGAAUGUAACGCGAUCUCUAUUUAAUAAAGGAAGCCUUUGUUGGGAGAUGCCCGGCAG